CUAUAUUGGACCAUUUCACUUGCGGACCCAGACAUCAUGGCUACAGACAGAAGCAGAGAAUUUGCCUCAAUCGCUCGAAUGCCAUUGGACGAGAGUCUAUACGACUUGCGCGAAGACGAUAUCUCGUUCUUGAAGGCGCAUACCGGCAUAGACAACGACAAUGAACUGAAAGAGCACGUCAUGAAGAUUCAGGUGGACGCGUAUCAGGUAUAUCCAUACCGAUGCAUCCGCUAUUUCUGGUUCGCACAUACGGACAUAUCCCUUCAAUCUGCCUACGCGCAACUCUUGAAGUUAGGACAGGACAGGCCAGGCGCGAUAUUCCUCGAGAUCCCCUGUGCAUUCGGCAACGACCUCAGAAAGGCUAUAUACGAUGGCUUCCCGCAACAAGACUGUGUCGCCGCAGACCUCGAGCAAACGUACUGGCAACUCGGCCAUCGGCUCUUCAAGAGCACCACAGAAUCGUUUCCCGUGCCGUUCGUUCCUGGCGACAUCUUCGAUGUCAACUAUCUCGCGAGCGCGCCACCAUUUUACGUGUCGCCUGCUAGCCCGGCACCCGCGCUCUCAAACCUCACAAACCUCACGCCGCUGCAAGGGCACGUCUCAGCGAUUCACGCAGCAAUGUUCUUCCAUCUGUUCGACGAGGAAAAACAGCUCAUCCUUGCGCAGCGCUUCGCCAGCCUGCUCUCACCCGUUCCCGGUUCGCUGAUCUUUGGUCGCCAUUACAGCGCGUAUGUCAAGGGUGCGAGGGUUGGAAUUCCAGCUGGGGAGGGUACACCGGGUGUGAGCCGACUGUACUGUCAUUCGCCGGAGUCAUGGACCGCGCUUUGGAACGGCGGGGUGUUCAAGGAGGGAACGGUGAAGGUCGAAGUUGAGCUCAAGGAAACGCAGUGGGAGGCUUAUGUGAACGCCCCGCCGGAGCGAAAGUUGUACAUCAUGCUGUGGUCGGUGAUAAAGAUUUAG